AAGACGGCUAAGAAUGAAUAUCAGUCUAUUUGCUAAAGUCUUUUGCUUUCUCUUUGGGUUUGGCCUUUUGAUUUCAUACGAUGCCAUAGCUUUGGUUUUGCCCAACAGGUUCUUUUAGUUUCUUUGUUCUUUUCCUUGUAUGUUCCUCUCCUCUGUUUCUUGCACAUAUAUAUACAUCUACUUCUGUCUUGGUUUGUUAAAAGCUUCCGUGUUUAUUUACAAUGAAACAUAUGGAGAGCUUGGGUUUUACAGAACUGGUGUCAGACCUAAAAGAGUUGGUUCAUGAGGUCGCUUCUCAGGCUCAGAAUUCUGAAACCCAAAGUGAAGUGCUUAAUGAAGUUGAAGUCCUAGUUGGGAAGUUUGACCCAAUUCUUGAUGAGUUAAGGGACAACGUUAAGUUUAAGGACCACCCACCAUUGAAGAAAGCUGUGGAGUCUCUUGGGUUGGAGCUUAAGCGAGCCAAGGCUUUAGUCAAAAACCCUGAGACCAAAUCAUUUAGUAAACAAAUUGAGGAAGUGGUUCAUGAUCUUGGGAGGUCAUUAGGCCUAGUGCUCUUGGCUAGUCUAGAAGUGUCUACAGACUUGAAGGACAAGAUUGGGGUAUUGCACAAGGAUUUCAUGAGUACCAGGUUUGAUACGAGUUCAUUUCCAAGUACUAGUUAUGAUUCUGGGGUUGUGAGUGAGCUGGAGAUUGAAGAGGAAAUACAGGAGGAGGAAAGGGUUUGUUUUGGUAUUGAUGAUGUUGCUUUGCAGUUGAAGUGUGGUGAUGAUGAACAACUCAAGUAUGCUCUUUUGGAAUUGAAUGAAUUGAUUGGUGAUAAAAGGGUUAGCAGUGAAUGGAUUAAUGAUGAGGGUGUUAUUCCAAUUCUGUUUAAUCGGUUAUGUACAAGUAAUUCAGGCAAUCGGUUGAGUAUAGUUCAGUUAUUGAGAACCAUUGCUUCAGAUAAUGCUGAUAACAAGGAGAAGAUGGCAGAUGUUGGGCUCUUGUCUGUGCUUGUGAAAUCUUUGGUACGAGAUGAAGACGAAAGGAGAGAAGCUGUGGGGCUGUUGCUGGAUCUUUCAGGUCUUCAGUCAGUCAGGCGCCGUCUUGGCCGCAUUCAAGGGUGUAUUGUUAUGUUGGUUGCCUUGCUAAAUGGGGAUGAUGCUGUUGCUUCACGUCAUGCUGGGAAGUUGUUAAAAGCAUUGUCCAGUAACACGCAAAAUGCACUUCAUAUGGCAGAAGCCGGUUACUUCAAGCCACUAGUGCAGUACCUCAAAGAAGGUUCUGACAUGAGUAAGAUCCUGAUGGCAACAGCACUCUCAAGGAUGGAGCUCACUGAUCAAAGUAGAGCAUCCCUUGGAGAAGUUGGUGCAAUUGAACCCCUUGUCGGAAUGUUUAGCACAGGGAAGCUCGAAGCCAAGUUAUCUGCUUUAAGUGCCUUGCAAAAUCUGUCUAACCUGGCAGAAAACAUCCAACGGCUGAUCAGUUCAGGCAUCGUAGCAUCUCUACUGCAGCUGCUCUUCUCUGUAACAUCUGUGCUUAUGACACUUCGGGAGCCUGCAUCAGCUAUUCUCGCAAGGAUUGCUCAGUCAGAAUCCAUUCUGGUUAACCAAGAUGUAGCUCAGCAGAUGCUUUCACUCUUAAAUCUUUCCAGUCCGGUAAUCCAAAAUCACCUCUUGCAAGCACUGAACAGCAUUGCCUCUCACUCUAGAGCAUCCAAAGUUCGAAGAAGAAUGAAGGAAAAUGGUGCGUUUCAGCUUCUCUUACCUUUCCUUAUGGAAACUAACAUUAAAAUCAGGAGCAGUGCCUUGAAUCUGCUUUACACUCUCUCUAAAGAUUUACCAGAAGAGCUGACAGACCAACUAGGAGAAACCUAUAUCAAAAUCCUUAUCAAUAUUAUGUUGUCCUCAACAUUGGACAGUGAAAAAGCUGCUGCAGUCGGCAUACUUGGCCAUCUUCCCAUUAGUGAUAAGAAGGUUACAGAUAUGUUAAAGAGAGCGAAUUUGUUGCCCAUUUUGGUAUCCCUUAUGACUUCAAGAUCUGAAAUAUCAACAGAACCAACUUGCUGGUUGGUAGAAAGCAUCACAGGGGUGUUUAUCCGGUUCACAAAUCCCUCUGAUAAGAAAUUACAGCUGUAUUCAGCAGAACAAGGGGUGAUUCCUUUGCUUGUAAAGUCACUCUCCAGCGGAUCACCGGUUGCCAAGUCCAGGGCUGCAACUUCACUAGCUCAGUUAUCGCAGAAUUCAUCAUCUCUAAAGAAGUCGAGGGCAUUAAGGUGGUCGUGUGUUCCUCCUUCAGCAGAUGCAUUUUGUGAAGUUCAUGGAGGCCAAUGCUUGGUGAAAAGCACAUUUUGUUUAGUCAAGGCAGGUGCUAUCUCUCCUAUGAUCCAAAUAUUGGAAGGUAAGGAGAGGGAAGCAGAUGAAGCUGUGCUCGGUGCUCUUGCAACUCUCUUGCAUGAUGAAAUUUGGGAAAACGGAAGCAAUUACAUAGCCAAAAAGUCAGGCAUUCCGGCGAUUAUAAAAGUCCUGGAAUCAGGGAGCAUCAAAGCUCAAGAGAAAGCACUGUGGAUAUUGGAGAAGAUAUUUGGAGUUGAGGAACACAGAGACAAGUAUGGAGAAUCUGCUCAGGUGGUGCUCAUUGAUCUAGCCCAGCAGGGUGACUCCAGAUUAAAAUCAGCAACUGCAAAAUUGCUGGCACAACUAGAGCUGUUGCAAGUUCAAUCUAGUUACUUUUAAGACUAGCGUCUGUGUUUAUAAACACUAUCAAAUCCGCGAG